AUGGAUAACAGAGGAUUAAGAUUAUUUAUUGUUGAAGGCAAAGAAUUAAAAGGUUCAGAUAAUGGUGGAUCGAGUAGUGAUCCAUAUGUUAAAUUAAAAUUUAAUGGUAAUAGUUUUAAAACUGAAACCAUUAAAAAUACUUUAUCACCAGUUUGGAAUCAAUCAUUUGAUAUUGGUAUAAUUAAUGUUAAUGAUCCUAAUGCAAUUAUUGAAGUUGAAUGCUUAGAUUGGGAUAGAUUUGGUAAACAUGAUAGUUUAGGUAAAGUACAAUUACCAAUAGCAAUAUUAAGGGAAGCAGCAACAUUUGGACAAACUGAUAAAUGGUUAAAUUUAGAUAAAAAAGGUUAUGUUCGUGUUGGAUUUCAAUUUAAUCCACCAUAUCCAUUACAACAACAUAUUAGUCCAGAUGGUAAUCCAAAUAUAAUUCAAAAUCAAAUUCAACAACAAAAUUUAAUUAGUUCCAAUGGUCAAUUACCACCACCAGUUUAUUAUGAACCAAUUUAUUUGAAAACUCAUCCAACAGUAUUAGAAGCAGAAUUUAUAUUACCAAAUGAUCUUUAUCAAAAAACCAUAUAUGUUACAGGUGAACCAGUUAGAGCAUCAUUGGUUUUAUAUGUUAAUCAACCAAUUGUAGUUAGAAGUCUUUUCGUUUCAUUAAAGGGUAAAACAUCAGUUUGUGGUAAAAAACAAAAAGAAUUGAUUCAAGAUUUAAGAAAUUUACUACACACAUCAAUUGGACCAAGUUCACCAAAUUCACAAAAUCAAAAGGUUGCAUUGGAUAUUGGUAAACAUAUCUACCCAUUUGAAUUCUUUAUUCCAAAACAUUGUAAUUCCUCAAUCGAUGGUGUUGGAAACUAUAAAGUACUCUAUAGAUUCCAAUUCAAUGCUGAUAUUGUAAAUCUACCAGAUAUUCAAUUGGAAAGAGAGAUUACCGUUGUAAAUAUCGAAGAUACAGUUCAUCGUAUGACUCAAUCACAAAUCCAUGAGAAAUGUUCUAAAUCACCAUUGACAGGUGGUACUAUUGAAAUGACAAUCACGGCACCAAAGAAUUCCUAUUAUCCAGGUGAAGAUAUUGAAUUACAAGUUCACGUCAAUAAUAGUAGUAAAAAAAAGGUUAAAAAGAUUGAAUUGGAAUUACAACGCACCAUUUCAAUUCAACACGAAAAAGGUGUACCAACACAAGUUUUAAAAGUUUCAAAAAAUUUCUUUCCAAAAAUUCAACAAAAUCAACAAUCAACUCAAAUCGUUGUAAUGGAAACACCACAAACUCUAUUGAAUUCAAUUUAUCAAUCUGGUAUCAUUAAAAUCGAGUAUAAAGUAAGAGCAGUUUUAGAUAUCUUGGAUUGUAUUGAUUUAUAUACAAUCUUUCCGGUUAAUAUAGUAUUACCAGAUCCAAAACGUGUAAUCCUACCAAAUCCAUUGGAUGAACUGUCAAAGAUUCCACGUUAUAUUCAAGAUUGGACACCAAGAAAUCUAUUAUCAUGGUUAUACUUUAGAAUGAAUUGUCCAGAGGUUGUAACUUCAAAUCCUGAAUUUUAUCAAUAUUGUUUAUCUGGUAAUGAAUUACUUUCAAUUCCAGAUACUAUUUUACUUGAAAAAGUUUUAAAAGGUGCUGGUACACGUACCACUGAAAUUCAUAAUGCAAUUAAAAUUGAAAUUGAUCGUGUUUUAUCAGUUAGGACCAUUUUAAAAGAUAAUCAACUUCCACAUUUAAUUCAAACUUUUGAAAAUGAACUUGUAACUUUUGAUCUUCUUUCAAGUUUAUCUUCAAUUGAUUUAUCACAUUUAACUUCAACAAUUGGUGAUCGUAUUAGAUUACAAAAUGCUUUUGAAAAACUUAAAUUAAAUAAUUAG